CUUUUGUUUGUGCAUCUUUCUUUCUCCCAUGCUUUCCGUUGGUCAACAAUCAACCAUAGCUCUCUAUAAUUCUUCACUUACUACUCGUACAGGAAGGAGUCUUUUUCUGUCUGGAGGGUUGUUUUUUUCAAAAAAUAAUGCCUCAACUUGAUAAAGUCAAAUAUUUUACACAAUUAGUCUGGUCAUGCCUUAUCCUCUUUACUUUUUAUAUUCCUAUAUGCAAUGAUGGAGAUGGAGUACUUGGAAUCAGCAGAAUUCUUAAACUACGGAACCAACUGCUUUCGCACCGAGGGAACAAGAUCGGGAGCAACGAUCCUAAGACUUUGGAAGAUAUCUCGAGAAAAGGUUUUCGCACCGGUGUUUCCUAUAUGUACUCCAGUUUAUUCGAAGUAUCCCAAUGGUGUAAGACCGUCGACUAUUUGGGAAAAAGGAGGAAAAUCACUUUGAUCUCUUGUUUCGGAGAAAUAAGUGGCUCACGAGGAAUGGAAAGAAACAUUCUCUAUUUGAUCUCGAAGUCCUCAUAUAUCACUUCUUCCAGUCGAAUCACUUGUAGGAAUGACAUAAUGCUCAUCCAUGUUCCACACGGCCAAGGAAGCAUCAUUUUUUAAUCUAAUGAAACCCGA